CCCCACCUAGCUAUUACAUACCUCUUCACUCUCAUUAUUUUUGUAUGAAAACAUCUUCAGCAUCACGUACUCCAACUAACGUAACUUUGAAAUUCUGAGCUCAACUCAUCAGACUAGCAGCAGCAGCAUGGAAGAACACACAGAUUUCGUGCGAUUUAAGAGAGGCAAAUUGCGUCAACCAAAAAACAUAAUCAAGAUUAAGAGAACAUCUACUCCUGAUGAUGUAGCUGCUGUUCUUGCAAAGGAGAGAAAUCGAGACAAUAAUAAGCAUACAAAAGGUGAUGAUGAGGAAGAUGAAGCCAAAGAAUAUGGAGAUGUUUUAGAUUUUGGUGGUGAGGUGAGUGGGAAGAAUCGCCACAUCACCCAUGGUUUCCAUCUGGUAGAAGGGAAGAUGAAACAUGGCAUGGAAGAUUUCCUAGUUGCAGAGAAUAGGAAAAUGAAGGGCUAUGAUCUGGGUUUAUAUGCAAUUUUCGACGGCCAUUCGGGGCGUAAGGUUGCACAAUACUUGCACACUCAUCUCUUUCAUAACAUAUUGAAAGAGGUAAUUAUAAUUGAACCUGAUUUCUGGGAAAAUCCUGCAUCCGCCCUUAAGCGAGCAUACAAAAAGACAGAUAAUGAGAUCUUAAAGAACGUGGUUGGUGCUCGGGGUGGCUCCACGGCAGUGACUGCAAUAUUGAUCAAUCAGAAGCAGCUCGUUGUAGCCAAUGUCGGGGAUUCGCGUGCAGUUCUUUGUCGGAAUGGGGAGGUAAAACAAAUAACAGUUGAUCAUGAUCCACUCAAAAGAAAGGAGAAAAAGAUGGUUGAGAGCAAAGGAGGAUUUGUUUCUGAAAAGCCAGGAAAUAUUCCUCGUGUGGACGGGCAGUUAGCGAUGACGAGGGCGUUUGGAGAUGCAAAACUCAAAGAGCACAUCACUGUGGAACCUGAUGUAACAAUUGAGAAGAUAGACAAAGAAACAGAAUUCAUAGUUCUGGCAAGUGAUGGCUUAUGGAAGGUCACCUCAAAUGAAGAGGUAGCAGAUUGCAUCAGAGAGAUGAAGAGUGGUCAAAAGGCAGCUGAGGAGUUGAUUGAGGAGGCGCUUUUACGAGGUAGCAAAGAUGACAUUUCUUGUGUUGUGGUGAAGCUUGGCUGAUUCCCAAACUCUGGGAUUUGUAGUCCUCACUGAAUUGCUAAUUUCGUCUUCCCUUUUUGGGAUUAUUGUAAAUUUUAUAGUUAAUGCUAAGAAUGUGCUGAGGGUGAACUUCCCAGAUUUUGUGCUUGUCUUUUGAGGUCAGAUGAUGUUUUCAGGUUUGUUUUGUGUCUCUG